GGCAGCUCGGCGGAGCCCGCGGCGCUGCUCCGACCACCUGCCCGUCCUCCGCCGGGGCUCGUUCCGCCCUGGGCAGGGAGAGGCGCGGACCCCAGAGCCGACAUGAAUAAAGCGAGCAGCCCCACGUAACACGCCCAUGGCAUUCUGUGCUGCGUCGGGAUCAAUAGGUCAAGAAGGUGUGAUGCCUAGGAAUCUCCUGGUGGAUCCUCCUGAAAUGGCAUCUGAAAUCUCUCCAGAGCACACACAUGGGAGCAUGGAAAGGGCUGGCAGUGUGGAGAACCAUGGCAGCCAAGCUAGGUGCAGGAAUCUUGCCUUGGAUGAUGAAAGUUUGAAAUACUUAACUCAUGAAGAACAGGAUGUUCUCAUGUUCUUUGAGGAAACCAUAGAUGCCUUAGAAGAUGACUUGGAGGAGAUGGCCCUACGUGACAGUGGCAUCCACUGUCAGUCCCCAAGGUCAACAGAAGAAAAUGUGUCCAGUCAUUCAGAGACUGAAGAUAUCAUUGACUUGGUGCAGUCAACACCUGAGAGCAGUGACCAUGAAGGCCCUUCCAGCAGAGAUUCAGAACCAGUGUUGGAUGCCCCUGGGAGAGCCGAGAGCCCUCAGCCAGCUGUACCUGCUGACCUUCCCCCACAGCCCCCUGCCCCAGCACCAACGGUGUCUGAGACCCUUCCUCUUCCUCCUCCACCCCCUGCUCCAGUGCAGCAUCCAAAGUUGCUCCGUUCUGUCCCCACUCCUCUCAUCAUGGCCCAGAAGAUCUCGGAGCAGCAGGGGGAGAGCCGGGCGCGCUUCCCCGGCGCCCUCAAGGAGGGGAAUUCCGAUAGGAGGAAAGGCCCGGUAGCCAACGGUGAUUAUUCCAUAGCACCCAAGCACCCUCCUGCCCCCGCCCCCAAACUGCACCGGUUCCCAAGCAACAUCAACAUAACAAAUGUCAGUGGCAAGGAAUUCAGCGAGACCAUUUCCAAAGCAGCGGUGAACGUCCAGGAGCGGCGGGCUCAGGUGCUGGCCAACAUCAAUGGGGGAGCUCUUCUGGCAGCUGAACUGGAGGAGAAGCUGCACAAAAACGAUUUCUUGUCACGUAACAGAAGUUCUUCCCUACGGGAUCUCUCCUCUGAGCAAACUCGCUAUGAAGCCCUGACAAAACUCGGCCUAGUUAAGGGAAAGCCAGCUCAGGACCAAGUGGACCAUGCCCCAAGCACUCAGCAGCCUGAUGUGCAGCCCAAGAAGUCAGAGGCUGUUACCAAUGGAUACCAAAACAUCAAUGAGAUUUUAAAAAGCGAGCCCAGCCCUUUCCUUCCUAUGGGCAAAACUGUAACAAUCAGACCAGAGGUGGCUCUUGCCACUAACAAAGUCAGCAGCCCACAGCAGAGCACAGAAAAAAGUUGCAAUGAUUAUAAACAAGGUGGUGUAAGCCUGGACAUGAGGAGGAGGUCGGGUUCUCUGCCCAGACCUUCAGGCUUUCGGUCCCAAGGGAUAACGGUGAAGUUUUCCGGCCGUGGCUCCACUGAAGAAGCCAGGAGAGAGGCACUCCGGAAAUUGGGACUGCUGAAAGAGACUGCCUAACUUGGAUGGGAAUGCUGUGGCAGUAGGGGGAAAGUCAUAGCAUGGCUUUGUGCUGGAACAGUCCCAACAGGACUGGGAUCAAGUGGAUUGGAAGAGAAAAGGGAAAGUUCUCUGCUUCAGACCAGCCAGGAAGGUAUUAGACACUGUGGAAUGGCCACUUGUGUUUAUCCCAGGACUGGCACCACGUAGGGCCAUGGACAGCAGUGGGGUUUGGCUCUCCUUCCUACAGAGAAACUCAUCUGUUGCUCUCUGUGACUAAGAGGGAAUUCUAUUUAAUUAAUGCUGGACUGUAGCAGGCAGCAUCUCGUUAAUGAAGUGUACAGUGCAGUAUUGUUGUACAUAGCAAACUGAACGGCAAAUCUUGCUUUUGCUCUUUCUGAAGCCAAAACAAAGAGCUCUGUCUGUCCUGCUUACAUGUCUGUCUGUCCAUGGGAGCUGGAGAUAAUGUCACAGCUGAAAUUUCUGACAGUGUGACACCCUUCUGUGACUUUUUGUUGUCUGUGUUAUCUGGCUUGGCUUCUUUCCCUGCCAGUAGUGGAGUCUUCUGCUCCCUCACUCUCCCCUUGGCUCAAAACUGUGCCCAGGAUGGCUUCUGCCUCGACCUUCUCCUGGGCAGAGCAGCCCAAGCUUUGCUGGGUGACUGCCUCACUCUGCUGCUGCUGCACCUGGAGUCUGCCCUCCCCUCCCACCACCUGCUCCUCUGUCAGGCCCCAGCGUGUCCAGGGAAAGGCACCUGGAGAGCCUCAAGGAUAUGCACUGACAGCCAAAGAGUCUCCUGACAAUCUGUGACCCCAGCUGCUCUGUCCCAGGGAGCAUCUCUCAGCAGAGAAGCCAUAGGAACAAGUUAACUUUGUACCAAAAGCAACACCUGUAUGUUAAAAGUCUUCUCUUUCACAUUGAGGUUCCUGGGAAGGAGCUGCUACUUCUUGAGCAGUAGCUGUACCACACAAAUUAUAAGUUCUGUUACUUCUAAAACUGUCAUUUGGUCUUCCUGUAGUUUGACAGCCCUAAUAAUCCUCUGUUCACAGCCUUAUUUGAUUCUGCCCUGCCAAUGCAUAAUAGAAAUUACAGCCAAAAUUCUUGCAGGCUAUGUGGAGUUUCAGGAGAGCUGCACAUCUUUCCUGAAUGGUCCAGUUGCUGGUAUUUUGCCUUUGUUCAAUAGACAAGCUGGUAAAGAUGGUCCCAAAAUAUA